CCUGAGUAAGAUGGAAUCCGACUUUCCUCAGAGUUUAUGUUCUAUGUUUUACUAUCACAUCGUGUCAAACAAAGAAUCGUACAUAUAUUUGUUUUUAGUCAAAUUUUUUCAAAAAAAUUAGUCAUUUAAUUUUAAAUGGACAAAAACAUUCAUCAUCAUAUCCCAGGCAGUCAAUUUAGUACCCACAAUGGCCAAUUAGUGAUUUCGUCGGGCAUACAAACCUUGGAUUCUCUCUUAGGCAAUGGAAUACCCAUAGGCACUGUAGUUUUAAUUGAAGAGGAUUUCCAUGGCUGUUACUCAAAAGUAUUACUAAAGUAUUUCCUUGCUGAGGGUAUUGUAUCAACGCAUUCUACAUUCAUUGCUAGUCAAGAUGUAAAUCCUUACCAUAUUAUUAAAGAACUACCUGCUGUGAUUGAAAGUGAUCCCGAAGUUGGCGACAGUGCAGUUUCAAAAACCUCCAAUAAUGAUAAGUUACAAAUCGCAUUCAGAUAUCAAAAUUUACCCAGUUACGAUAGUGAUUAUGGCCCCAAAGAGAACAAAGAUUUCGGACAUAUCUAUGACUUGUCAAAAACGAUAGACGUCAGUGACAUUGAGAACUCGGAUAUCUGCUGCUGGACAGGGCUAAGGAUUGAAAAUGGUACAAAAACAUACUCGAAUCCCGCAUAUAACGAACUCCUGAAGUCGAUCAAGAACAAAAUCAAAGAGGGAAAGUUUUUCUUAAAGGACAAUCCGGAGAAACGUUCGAUGCUGAGAAUAGGUAUCCAUUCGUUAGGAUCGCCUAUGUGGCUGCCGCAUCGCAAGUCGCUACAAUCUAUAGACGGCACGAGAGACCUCGACAAGUUCAUUUUCUGCUUGAGAGCGCUAGUUAGGUCCGCUUAUGCCGUCGCCAUGGUUACCGUACCGACGCAUCUCUACCACGAGAUGUCGCUCGAGCGAUGCAUCCAUUCCAGUGACAUAGCGCUGCGGCUGCAGGCGUUCAGCGGCACGGAGUUGGAGAACAACCAGAGCCUCAACGAGUACCAUGGUUUCUUUUACUUGACCAAGUUGGCAGCCGUGAAUUCGCUGGUUUCCAAACACCCCGGACCAGUCGAGUACGUCUUCAAACUCCGCAGGAAAAGAUUCUCCAUAGAAAUACUGCAUUUGCCUCCAGAUAUUCAAGAUGACAACAAAGAGACUGGAAAAAAGCACGGUAAUAAAGCCGUCCAUUCAAUGGGAUGCUCCGGUGCGAAUUCACAUCCAUUAGAUUUUUAAGCGAGCUUAUUAUGUACCUUAUUUAUUGAUGAGAGUAAUGUAUUUUCAGCAAAUCGACAAUUAAAUUGAUAUUAUAAAUGCUCUGGUCAUCAGUGUUUGUUUAUACCACAGACAUCAAGUUAUACAUCUUUGGGAUUCGGUGAAUUUAAAAAACACCUUAAAAGUUUUUAAAAAGUUGAAACAGAAAGGUUAGAUAUUUGGUUAAAAAUAAUCACAUUCUUGCAAAGGGCUCACCAAUUUCCUCUACAAUUGCAAAUCUGGGUAUGGGAGCACCGGAAUCAACUGUUGCUGGAUGUUUGUCAGUCUAACCAAUUUUUAUUUCCUAUGC